UUCUUUGAACACAAACACUCAGUUUUAAGCCUGUUGAACAUGGCUUCCUCAUCGAGCGCACAAGACAAUGCCAGUCUACCAGCGCUGCCUGAGAUCACAGUGGAUAUUCCACGAACACCAAUGCGAGCAAAUACCGACGACACCCUGACGGCAAUGUCUCCUCAUGGCGACGACAUCUCCCCGGCAACUUUAGUACCAGAUCGCACAUUCGUUGCACAUUCAAGAAAUGCGUCGAAUCAUAGCACAUCAUCAACACGGAAUCCCUUCUCAAACACUGUGGCAGCAGCACGGAGUCGUGCCGCUUCAGAAGCAACACUCGCACCGCCAGCGACAUCAGCGGGUGCGUCUUCUAUCAACUCGAGUGCUUUUACGCUCGACGGUCACUCCCAAGAUGAUGCGCUCAAAGCCGAUCCGGGGUCGGAGAACGACUUCGCGGUCCUCAACAACAAGUUUGCGUUUUCGCCUGGCCAACUAAACAAAAUGCUCAACCCGAAAUCCAUCCCCGCCUUUCUGGCUCUCGGAGGAUUACCUGGUCUCGAGGCUGGCCUCAGAACUGACGUCGAUGCCGGCUUGAGCAUCGAGGAGACCGAGCUCUCUGGUUCCAUCUCGUUCGAGCAAGUCACAAAGCAGUACCGCAAAAUGCGUGGCGCAGAUGUAUCUGGCCUCCCACGACCAGUGGAGACUCGUCAUAUCGACAUUACCGACGAUGGUCCCUCGGGGGCGGCAGGCUCUCAUAGCAACGAGGCUUUCUAUGAUCGCAAACGUGUUUACAGUACCAACACCACACCUACUAAGAAAGCAAAGUCUUUCUUCAUGCUCAUGUGGGAGGCGUACUACAAGGAGAGCGUGCUCAUUCUGCUUACAGUCGCUGCUGUCAUCUCGCUCGCUCUUGGUCUCUACGAAACUUUCGGUGUAGAACACGCGCCCAUCGUCAUCGAAGGCUGUGUAGGCUCGAUCGAAGAAUGCACAACGCCCCCUCCUCCUGCUCUAGACUGGAUCGAAGGUUGCGCAAUCUGUGUGUCUAUCAUUGUGGUCGUCAUGGUCGGUGCUGUCAACGAUUUCCAAAAGGAACGCGCGUUUGUCAAAUUGAAUGCGAAAAAGGAAGCGAGAGACGUCAAAGUCAUUCGCUCCGGCAAAAGCUUCACUAUCUCUGUGUACGAUGUGCUGGUUGGCGAUGUUCUGCACAUGGAACCCGGUGAUCUCAUUCCCGCCGACGGCAUCUUUAUAGCAGGUCACAACGUGAAAUGCGACGAAUCCUCCGCAACGGGCGAGUCGGACCAGAUGAAGAAGACCAACGCGGAGCAGGUUUUCCGUCUUCUUGAGCGCGGUCACGGUGACAGCAAAGACCUCGACCCUUUUAUCAUCUCCGGGAGCAAGGUUCUUCAGGGUGUAGGCACAUACCUCGUAACCUCCGUCGGUGUUAACUCCAGUUAUGGCAAAAUUCUCAUGGCGAUGCGUCAAGACAUGGAACCGACUCCUUUGCAAGCCAAACUUGACAAACUCGCCAAAGCCAUUGCGAAGCUUGCUUCGGCUGCUUCAUUCCUUUUGCUAUUGAUCUUGACUUUCCGCUUGGUAGCCACUUUCAAUGGAAGUCGCAGUGGACUGUCUCCCGCCGAAAAAGCCUCCCGAUUCAUGGAAAUCCUCAUCGUCUCGGUCACCAUUAUCGUCGUCGCUGUUCCAGAAGGCCUUCCUCUGGCUAUCACACUAUCUCUCGCGUUUGCAACUACACAGAUGGUGAAGGCAAACAAUCUUGUCCGUGUCCUCAAAUCUUGCGAGGUCAUGGGAAACGCCACCACUGUUUGCUCCGAUAAGACAGGUACCCUCACGCAAAACAAGAUGACUGUAGUCACCGGCACGUUUGGUCAAGACUCUUUCGAUGACAAAGCUGGAAGCUCGGAAAGCCGGUCAUCUCAAUUCGCGCAACGCCUUACUGCCGAACAGUCACGACUACUGGUCGAAUCUAUCGCCAUCAACUCUACCGCUUUUGAAGGUGAUGGGGGCGAAUUUGGUUUUAUUGGGUCUAAGACCGAGACUGCCCUUUUGGGCUUCGCAAAGAACACCUUAGGCAUGACCAGUCUCUCUCAGGAACGCACUUCUGCGACAGUAGUGCAGAUGCUACCCUUCGAUUCGAGCCGCAAAUGUAUGGGUGCAGUUCAGAAGCUCUCCAACGGCCAGUACCGACUUCUCGUGAAAGGCGCUUCGGAAAUUCUAUUGAGCUAUUCUUCGCAGUUGGCCCUCGCUACCGGUGUCGUUCCCAUGGAUGGCUCGCAAACCCAGCGUUUUGCCAAAAUAAUCGACUCGUAUGCGCAGCAAUCCCUCAGAACCAUAGGCAUCAUCUACAAAGAUUUCGCACAGUGGCCACCCCGAGGUGCCGAGAACCCCGAUGAUCCAACCCAGGCCAUCGAUCUGGGCGCUCUGUUGGAAGACAUGACGUAUCUUGGUGUUGUCGGUAUUCAAGAUCCUCUUCGGCCCGGUGUCCCAGAAGCCGUCGCGAAAUGCAGACAUGCCGGAGUGGUCGUUCGCAUGGUUACUGGCGACAACAUCGUCACUGCUAAGGCAAUUGCUACUGAUUGCGGCAUUUACACCGACGGUGUAGUCAUGGAGGGACCUGAAUUCCGACAACUGAGCGAAAGCGAUAUGGACGCCAUUCUUCCUCGUCUUCAGGUUCUCGCACGAUCCUCUCCAGAAGACAAGCGUGUUCUAGUCACUCGUCUCCGUGCUCUUGGCGGUAUAGUCGCUGUAACAGGUGACGGAACCAAUGACGGUCCAGCACUCAAAGCGGCAGAUAUCGGUUUCUCUAUGGGUAUCGCAGGAACUGAGGUCGCCAAAGAGGCCUCAGCCAUUAUUCUCAUGGACGAUAACUUUGCUUCUAUCCUAGUCGCGCUGAUGUGGGGACGCGCCGUCAAUGACGCCGUUCAAAAAUUCCUCCAGUUCCAGAUCACGGUCAACAUCACUGCCAUGCUAGUCGCCUUCAUUACCGCCAUCCAAGAUCCCGAAAUGCGCUCUGUCUUGACAGCCGUGCAACUUCUUUGGAUCAAUCUCUUCAUGGACUCCCUCGCCGCUCUCUCCCUCUCUACCGAUGCCCCAACAGAAGAAAUUCUCGACCGCAAGCCCACCCCACGAACUGCCUCGAUCAUCAGCAUGACUAUGUGGAAAAUGAUAAUCGGUCAAGCUAUCUUCCAAGUCGCUGCGACCUUCAUCCUUCACUUCGCAGGUCCCAAAUUCCUUCCUUAUCCCGAAGCCGAGAUGCGUUCCCUCAUUUUCAACAUGUUUGUUUGGUUGCAGAUUUUCAACCAGUACAACAACCGUCGCCUGGACAACAAACUCAACAUCUUUGUCGGGAUACACAAGAACUACUACUUCAUCGCUAUGAAUGUCAUCAUGGUUGGAUGUCAAAUCGCCAUUGCUUUCUUCGGCAAGGCCGCAUUCAGCAUCGUCCCGAUCAACGGCCCCCAGUGGGCUAUCUCCGUGCUCGUGGCGCUGUUUUGUAUCCCCUGGGGUGUAUGCGUGCGUUUGUUUCCCGAUUCAUGGUUCGCUGCGAUCGCGCAUGUGGUUGGAGGACCGUUCGUUGUCGCAUACCGCCCUCUCGCACGCUUGGUGGAUCGCAUGAGUGCGAAGUUCAGCAAGAAGGGCGAGACCAAGGCGUUGGACAGGGGUAAAUCUCCCGUCCACAGCAUUGAGGGAGAUGCGGAGAAGGGCGUCAUGGGCAAGAUCUAG